AUAUCGAAUAGAUUAAGAGGACUGGUACACUGAACCGUACACAAACCUAGCCCGUUAGCAAUUGAUUAGAUCACGUUUAUCUCACGCGUGUGCAAAUUGAUAUAAAUUGGAUAUGACAGGCUUUCAAGAUUCUUCUUGCUCCCUAAAACCUCUAAAAAUCAGCUCACAAUUUCACAUACAGUUGUGCAAAUGGUGGUUGUGGAAUAUUUAAGUACUACAUUAUUAAAAAUUAUAUACAUUGAAUGAGACACUAGCAAACUUGGAGGAACAUUCAGAGGAUCGAAGACAUGACAACUUGGUUAAACAAGCAAAAACUUAUCCUUGUUUUUGAUUUGCAUAUAUAUAAAUUGCUAACAUUUUGGUCUAAACCUUUCAUCAAGAAACAGCCUUUCUCAUCCACAUUCUUCAAACUGAGUUGAUCUGCAAUAAGAAAAUUAAGACAGCUUCAAAUGCCAAAUCAAAUGACGACAAAUCAUGUUCGUUCCACGAGCUUGCCUACAGCAACUCAUCCUCUCAUUGUGAAUGCAGAGCAGCAGUUGCAACGGUUAAAGUCAUCGGAAGGAACUUCCACAUCUUCUAACUCGACGAUAUGCCAAAAAUUGGAUGGGCUCAAGAAAUUAUACGAUUGUGUUGAUGGUGUUCUCAAGUUGCCAAUUACUCAACAGGUUCAUGAAAAACAUGCCAAAUUACUUGAACAAGUAUCUGAUGUGUCCCUUAAUGUUUUGGAUACUUGUAGCAUCACUAAAGAUGCUUUCUCACAGAUGAAAGAAAGUGUUCAACUACUCGAGUCAUCUCUUCGAAGAGCUAGAGGUGGAGAAUCUAACUUAUCCACUCAAGUUGAUGCAUACAUGGCAUCUAACAAGAAAUUGAACAAAGUGAUUUGCAAAUGUUUCAAAGAUUUGAAGCAGAAAGAAAAUAACCAGUCAAUAGUAAUAGAAGAUUCUGACUUUACAUCAUUGAUUAGCCUAGUGAAAGGAGUUGAAGGUUUUAGUCUUAUAGUGUUGGAAUCAACUCUAUCUUUUAUCUCCCAUCCAAAGAUGAGAUCAUCAAGGGCAAGUAGUUGGUCUUUGGUCAAGAUGUUGAAGCCAAAGAGAGUUUCAUGUGAAGGAAUUGAUAUAUCUGAAGUAGAGAAGAUACACAUGGAGUUACUUCUUCUGAGAAACGAGAAGAUAGAUCAAUCACAGAUACUAAGUGCACUUAAAAAAUUGCAGGCAUUUGAGUCGAGCAUUCAACAAGUAGAGGAGAGUCUUGGAGCUAUCUUUAGGCUUCUCUUGAAAAACCGAGUUUCCAUUCUCAACAUUCUCAGCACUAAUUAGUGCUAUAUGAUGAGUAUACGGGGUUUCAAUCUUGUGUAUACAACCUUUCAUACAGAGUACACGAAAUGUAACAAUAUUUCCGGUUGUAAAUAGAAAUUGGUCAUAUAGAAUACAACAGAUGUACAAAUUUUUUGAGCUAUCUAUCCUUAAAUAAACUGAUUGUUUCCAUCAACAAUCUCCAUAUUGGAGACAUGUGCACAAUCAUAAUAGUGUUUGUUGACAUUAACUGAUUGUCACUUGUAGCUGAACUGUCAAUAUUCCACUUGUUUCUCCUCAAGUAGAAAAAUGACAUAGGCUUAACCAAUAUCCAACUCUUGAAUGACUCAUUUCAACUCGCUCAUGUGUUAUGACAUGUCGUGGUAAAUUCAAAUACUUACACAAGGUUUUUGACGGACCAGGCAGUAUAACGCUCGUGGAUCAAAAUAUAACAUCUUCCUAUUUAAUCUUCAUUUUAAUAGUAUAUUCCUUCAAAUCCAACAAUUUCAAGCAUAAACCACUUGUAUGGCAGGACAGUGGAAUCUUUUAAUUUCUGACUUCAGCUUAUUAAUGUAUAAUCCGAUAUUGUAUGAAAAACUUGCCAAAUUACAUUUGAACAUGCUCUCCCAGGAAAAACAUGGGAAUUUACUAGAACAUAUCCCUAACUGUUAACAUUUCGUUAUUGUCUUUUUCCCCUCCGUCCAUGCUCAUCAUUAAUAUGCAACCUUAUGAAACUAGCCAAUUUUGUAGUGGAUAAGACAUUCAGAAGACCAAAAGAUGACAUAUAUACGGUUGCAAGGUAAUUGAUAUAGAACAAGUUGUUUUUAGGAGAAAAAUAGAAUCUGUUAUGAAGAAUUUAGGAUGAAGACACGGCAUGGAGGGAAAAAAGUGUAAAGAAGCCUUACAUCAGGAGAAGAUAAUGUGGAAAAUCGUUUUAUAUAGUCUACAAAGAUUUUUGGGUAUGUGUAUAGGGACAACAUUAACUGCAAUUGUGAAGAUUUGAAGGAAAUCUUUUUUCUAAUAAAGAUCAUCUUUCUGUUCUACCUAAAACCUAAAUGCCAUUUCCAAGAAACAGUC